AUGUCCACAACAACCUUGGAAUUAACCAAAACUGUCUCAACAACAGCUUCAAGAGAUUUUUCGAAAGCUAUCCAAAAAGAAGUCGAGGAUUGUAAUAAGUCAGUUUUUUUCAGAUCUUAUCUACAUAAAUUCUAGAAAAAAAAACUAUUUUUAUUUUCAGAAAAUACGAUGCAAUCAAGGUGAAUAUAUUUCCACACGAUUAUCUCAUCUCAACUUCAAGUCAAUGUUUUUAUGAGGUAUGGAUCUUAUUGGUACCACGCGCUCCACACGCAACGCAGACCGCACCGCGCCACAACACACACAAAAAAGGGAGGGAAUCCCCCCUUUUUGUGUGUUGUGGCGCGACGCGGUCUGCGUUGCGUGUGGAGCGCGUGAUACCGAUGAGAUUAUAUAUAUAAUUUUUGCAGCAUUUGGUCACCAAUGCGUCCCCAUUCGCAAUAGUUUGUCGAGUUCGCGCAACUUCAGCCACAUUUUUUCGAAUCGCAAAUAAUUCGUUUGUUUUGCAGCCUGGGGAAGGUUGUCAACUUGUUGUAAGGACCCUAAAAUCUCUGCGUCUCUCAAUUUUCCUCUCUAUUUCUCCAGAUCGAGCGUCUUCCACGUCCAAUCAAAUCCCAUCGAAUAACCAUCGAAGUAAUUCCCUACAUCCCUCAACCAUCUCAAAACUCUCUCGAUAAUCUACACUAUCUCUUCGAAUCGCACCCGUUUCCACGUCACUUCCACGUGCGCUAUCAUCAAUUGCCGACGUGGCAUUCAACAUCGCAGCGAAUGUCGCAACGUCGCGAAAUCGCCGCCGCCGAAUAUCCGAAACUCGUCGAGGUUUUGCGAAAAACUGGAAUUUUGUCGCAAAGAGAUGCGAGUUUGUCGCUGAAUCAAUUGAAUUUGAUGGAAAUGGCGAUUUCGAAUGAUACGGGUGAGAAAUUUAAAUGA